AUGGCCAAAACGAGAAGGGUGAGCGAGGAGAUCGUGUGCGCUGCAAUCAGGAAGAGGAAGAAACGCACGCAUGUGCCAGAGGCCGACGCCCCCAAGGCUGGGGAGCCCCGGUCCUUUGUCAUCAGGCGGGGCAAGUACGCCCCCAUGCUCAAGGACCUGGAGAAGGACUUGAGGCAGAUGAUGAUGCCCAACACCGCGAAGGAGCUCAAGGAGAGCCGCAAGAACGUGCUCAAGGACUUUGUCCAGGUGGCGGGCCCACUGGGCGUGACCCACUUCCUCAUGCUAAGCGCCACGCAGCGGGCAGGCUACCUGCACGUGGCGAAGACGCCGCGCGGGCCCACGCUGACGCUGCGUGUGCUGGAGUACUCCCUAAUGCGCGAUGUGCAGUCGGCGCAGCAGCGCCCGCGCUGCCCCCAGACGAUGUGGCACGGUCCCCCCUUGGUGGUGCUCAACAACUUCACCGGGUCCGAGCACCUGAAGCUGGCGGCCACCACCUUCCAGAACCUGUUCCCUGCCAUCAACGUCGCCACCACCAAGCUCUCCACCUGCCAGCGGGUGCUGCUGCUGGACCACGACCGCGCCAGCGGGCGCAUCCGCCUGCGCCAGUACUCCAUCGUGGUGCAGCCCUCGGGCGUGACCAAGAACCUCAAAGCCCUGCUGGGGCGGCGCGCGGUCCCCGACCUGGGCGAGUGCAAGGAUGUGUCUGAGUUCCUGACACGCAGCGGCUACGGCUCGGAGAGCGAGGGGGACGACCCCGACACCACACGCGUCGAACUGGCAGAGGACCUGGGCAAGGGCAACCAGAAGGCGCGCCAGUCGCGCAUUAGGCUGCACGAGGUCGGGCCGCGGCUGGAGAUGGAGCUGAUCAAGGUGCAGGACGGGUUGUGUGAGGGGAACGUGCUCUUCCAUGCCUACAUCCAGAAGGACCCGGCGGAGAUUGCGGAGCGCAAGAGCAAGGAGGACGAGCGGGAGGCGCUGCGACGCCAGCGGCGAGCCGAACAGGAGGAGAACGUGAGGAAGAAGGAGAGCGAGGCGAAGCGCCGCCGGCGGCCGCAGGACGAUGCGCGCGGAGCCAAGCGCCCCCGGCCCGAGGGGCGGGUCCCGUGGGGGUGA